AUGCCAUCUCCCUGUGGUCUCGGUUUUGUUUUUGGUGCUCGGAAACAAGAAAAUGCAGGCGCCGGCGAGCUCCGGGGCGGCAACAAUGCCGCCACCAUGCCGGAGUCCAGAGAGCCGGCCGGCCCGCCGCCUGGCUCCCCUCUGCUGGAUCAUGACCUCCUGGGCGCCCAGAGAACGAAUUCGCUUUCCGAGCUCAAAAGCAUCGGCGAUGUUGACAGGUGCACGGUAUAUGUAUCACUGGCACCUGGGAUGGAGAAUCCCACGGGGGAGGACCCGCCGGAGGAUGACGCUGCUCGCGCGGCGUCGGACGUCAACCCCGACCAAGUCACAGAGCAGAGGACGUCCAAGCCUGCUGCCGUUGCUGAAGACGCUGCGCCACAGGCCACAGACCAGCCUGCGGCGACAGCCGCUGCUACAGACGCCGAGGGACAAUCUGCCCCGGCGAGUGCCGCCGCAGAGCUUGUGGAGACGGAGGAGGCCGCGAGGGUGGAACGCGCGGCUAAGCGUCUCGUGGACGAGGUUAAGAUGCCUCGUCGCAGCGCAGCCGCGUAUCGUGCCCUCUUCGUCGACGCCCGUGCUCCGGCAGUUGCACCAGCACCAGCUCCAGUACCUGCACCUGCACCAGUACCAGCACCCGUACCUGAGCCCGAGGUCGUUGCCUCUGGUGGCGGCGAGGAGGAGGAGCCUAUGGACACGGGGUCCCCUACGCCUAAACCUUCAGCUCCUACACCAGUGGCGGUACCGUUUCCGCAGGCUGCCGCUCCAGUUCCACCUGCGCCUGCACCCCCUGCACCUGCACCACCUGCACCUGCACCACCUGCGCCUGCACCCCACGCGUCGACGGGAUCAGCACCGACGCCUCAGUACCCUCAGGUUGUUCCGGAGAUGGGAUGGACCUCCAGGAACAAGUUCAUGGAGGCGGACGAGGACGCUCACUACCACACUCUGCUCACGGGUGUGUUGGCGAGCUACUACCCGGAGUUUGCUGCCACUGUCCGCUACCUUUGUUCGGAGCACAAGCACCCGUUGGAGAACACCUACUGGAAGGCCGAGGUGAUCAUCACAGCUCGGAACAACGUCGACAACUCGGACGAGGUGGAGUCCAUACACGAGAGCAGGGUUAGGCGUGCUUCCGCCUACGAGAGCAUGGAGGAUGCAGCUCAGGCCGCGUACUUUCACUACCAUGGCCGCCGUUUUGAGGCCAUGUAG